UUAGGUCUCCGUCAAGGGGCUCCAACUCCUACUCCAACUCCUCGUCUGCCUCCCCGCAGCCUGCGAUCGGGCGUUCUGUUGAAGCGCGCUGCCGCGGAGGCCCGCGCGCUCGGCGGCCGCGGCGGCGGCGGCGCGGGAAUCCUCCUUGCAGUGGACAGCCGCGCGAGGUGCCCGAGGGCCUUGCGAUCGCCCUGCAGGCUGCCGCCCGCGCGGGUCCCAGGCUGCUGGGCCGCGGGGAGAUGCCGGCGAGGGCUGCCGAUGGCAGCCCUCGACCGCGGCUCGUGGUCGACAGCUCUCCGCGGAAGACGCUGCUGAAGAGCAAGGCCCGGAGCGCCAUCAUCUCGCAGCGCUUAGGCAAGGUGGCGGAAGCGCCCAACUCGCUGGAGGUUUUCGGGGGCAGCCCGGUCGUAGAACUGUUCGAGAGGGCGCCUGGGUGGCGCCCGGAGGAGCAGGUCCAGGACGCGGUGCGCCACUGGCUGCAGAGCCUCUUCGCCUCCGGCGCGGCGCUGUCGCCCGAGCUGGGCGUGGAGCCGGAGGUGCUGGAGGAGGUCUUCCAGAGGGCGCAGCUGGUGAGGUGCCACAAAGGCAUGCGGCUGCAGGAGGAGGGUGGCGAGGUCCGCUGCCACACCGUGGUUCUGGCGGGACGCUGCAGGCUGCGCUGCAGGGCCCCCGCGUCCAGAAGCCUCGACGCGGGGAGGAGGUCGGUCGACGAGGAGGACGACAGAGACGUUGCCGACCUCGCGGCGUCUGUUGCAGGGGAGCCAGAGAGCUUCGCCACCUGCCAGGUUGCGGGCCGCGGGGAGUCGUUUGGCCUGGCCCCCGGCGACUUCCCCUCGGGCUACGACGUGGUUGUGGCGGACAAGGCGACAUUGUUGCUGCAGCUGAGCGCCGAGGACUACGACGCGACGCUGCGCGACCACCACGUCUCGCUCCAGGCCGAGGCGGCGGAGUUCCUCCAGAGGCACAACAUCUGCCCGAGCGCGAGUCCCCAGCAGCUGAAGCGGCUGGCCGCCUGCAUACGGCGCAGGAGCGUGCGAAGAGGGGCGUUCGCCGUGCGCUCCGGGGAGCCGCUGCGCCACGUGUGGCUUCUGAGGUCAGGCGAUGCCGCCGUGCAGGUGCGGGGCGAGCGGGAGGCCGCGCCCGGCGGCGAGGACGCGGGGGCGCCCGGCCUGGGGGACGCGGACGGCGAGGAGAUGCGCGCGGAGCUGCUGCGGGAAGACCUCAGGAGGAUGCGUGGCGUGAGCGGCGACAGGGGGCUCAACGCCGCGGCCUUCGACCAGAGGACUCGCCGCCGCGUCGCCGCCUACGCCCGGGGCCCCCUGAAGACCGCUCUGAAGGGCGAGGUCAAGUCGCCCGCCGCCAGGGGGCGGCUCGACCUCGGGCAGCGCUACGGUCUCAUCGCGGCGGCGAGGGUGAAGGAGCCAGGCGCGAUGAUCGGCGAGGAGGUGCUGCUGCACAAGGACUUUCGUGACAUGGUGGCGCAGUGCUACUGCUACACGGUGCGGGCGGUGGAGGACUGCUCCUUCUACGUCCUGGACCUCAGCACAUUCCGGCAGCUGCUCACGUGCGUCAGCCUCGAUGCCCCAACGGUCGAGGCCAAGCUUCUCAGAAGGUUUGAGCACAUGGACAAGGCAACAAAGGUCGGGAAGCUGCUCGUGCAGGAGGCACGGGAACUGCAGAGCCUCGAGGCCCAGACGCAGGAGCGGCAGAAGCCACGCCUGCCCACGUGCGUCGGCUACGCGGGCGCCGAGGAGCUGGGAGACCUCGACGACUGGCUGGGAGUGGUCCUGGAGCACAGGAAGAAGCCCCCGGACCUGACGAACCCGGCGAAGCUGCUCUGCUUGGAGGGCGUCGGCCGCAGCCCCACUUCCAGCAGCCCCGGCGUCGACGCCAUGGUGAGGGUGUUCUCCGACCCUGGCGCUCUGAAGAACUACCGCAGCAGCCAGAGACGAGGGGGCCCGCUGGGGCGACGUGCGGCCCUGGGUCGUGCCCCGAACCCGCUGGGAGACGUCGUCGCCCCCGCCGCGCGGUACGCCGAGGCCGCGCCUCCCACUGGCGACGGCCCCGGCCAGCGGUGGUGGGAGCGCCAUCCGUCGCCCGCGCUCGCCGGGGAGGCACCAGUGCCCGCCCUGACCGAUGGCCCUGCGGGCCCAGGCGACGUCGGGGCCCCGAGCGGCGGCAUCUUCUUCCAGACGGAGCCGGAGCUGGACGACGCCCUCGUCCUGGCCCGGCCUCCGGCGCCGGUGUUUUCGAGCCUGCAGGCGCCGGCCACGCCGCCGCGGGCCGUGGUGCCCCCGCGUGGGCCGCCGGGAGUGGGAGGCAUGGCCGCGUCAAGAUCGGCUUCGACGCCCGUGCUGCCGAGGUCGGCCUCGACGCCCGUGUUGCCGAGGAUCGAGCAGGGCACCGCGCGGUCCUCAAACAGCAGGCGCCCGCUGUCCGAGGCCGCCUCCGCGGCCGGCCUGGGCGCCGCCGGGCGGCGGGGCGGCGCUGCCGAGGACGGCGAGCCGUCUCCCCAGGAGGCCGCUGCGCGCAAGGCGAAGGAGCGUCUCCGCUACGUGGCGAAGGCUUUCGAGAAGGCCAUGUGCGGGAAAUCCAUCCUAGUCUUCACGGACCAGAAGCCCGUUUGGAGGUCUGUCGGGAAGGCAUUGGUGAGUCCGACCGAGACGAGGCUCCGUUGGGUGAAGUCCACCGCCGAGCUGUGGCAGCGACUGUACGACGCCAGGGAGCAUCACUCGGCACUGCUGCUGGAUCUGUCUAAGAGCGAGUUUGAGAUCGAGAGCUUCCUUGGCACGAUGACGAAGCUCGAGAAGUACGGUAAUAUGCCAAUCAUCGUCCUGUCCACCGAGCGCGAGCUGCCCGAGGUGGUGCGCACCGUCUGCAGCUUCGUCGUGUUCCUGCCGCUCUCCGCGUCCACCCUGCGGGAGUCCCUGCUAUGGUGCUUCGAUCGCCACACCGUCCAGCAGCACUGCGACUACGACAUGCUCUACGUCUCACCGCAUGUGGACAAGCCUGGUGGUCGAGAUGGCAAGGCAGACGUGUCGACGCCCUCCCUCAGCGUCCAGCCGGUGAGCAUGGCAAAGGGCGCGAAGGUGGCUUAGCUCCUGCAAGCUGGGGCCCGCUCGGCGGGUUCGCCUCACCACUGUUUGUCACCCACGCGCAGAGGCGGGUAGGGGGAGGGGGGAAGGCUCCUUAGAGACCGUUGCUUCUUAGAAGGCGCGGGCCUUCUCUGCAGAUGUAGGGCUGGCGCCUUCUAAGGAGCAGCCUGCUUCUAAGAAGCCCCCUCCCCCAUACCCCAUUGUGCGCGCCGCCAAGCGUGUGCACAGCCUGGCCUGCCGCAGCUUGUUGGGCUCCACCCUCCAGCGACGGCGUGCGGCUGCAGAAGGCGUCCCUUCUCUGGGUGGGAUAUUGAUGGAACCUUUCUGUAACCAUCAGCCCGCAACAUUUCCCCCCCCCUUCGCUUGCCGUCGCGACUCCUGCCGGCGUCACUUCCGACCCCUCGCCCGGCCACGGCGCGGAGCGAGCGGGCUGCACCGCCGAGCGCUGCCGCGCCCUGGGCCUGAGCCUCCUCCGCGGCCUUCUUCUCCUCCUCCCCCCCUUCGCCCUGACGCUCUGGAGGAAUUGUAUCUGAAGCGAGGCCUUAUCCAUGACCACCGCCAUCUGGAUCGAUCUUCGGGGACCUCGGCAGGCGGUGGACAUGGAUUGCUUCCGGUGCCCUGGGGCCAGAAGCUAUCCGCAUUCACCGCCCGCUGGGGUCCCUGGACGUCGGAUCCCCCCGGCGGCGGAUAUGGGAAUGCAUCCCCGCCUUGCAUCGUAGGCUUUGCGCGCACAGGCCUGACCACCCCCGAGGGGUCCAAAUGGCAGCCUGCAGGCGCAGAUGGCUCACCCACGAGAUGCGUGCACUCGCGCGCACAUUUUCGCACGGACCAGUUUCCGGCGCAGAGUGAGCCGAGCGGGGAAUGCGAUCGCGCCGGCGGUCCGCGUGGCAGAGUCAGCGGAAGCGCCGGCGCGACGAGCGCUUUCUUGUCCGUGAGAGCCUCCGGACGGAGUGCGGUGGGGUCGCGCGCUUUCGGCAGAGCGCUCUAGGCGCUCCGCGCGACUGCGCGACAGGUCCGCCUGGCAUGCUCCCGGCACUCGCUCUGGCCGUGCUCCAAAGCCACGCUUCAGCGCCUCGGGCCUGCCCGCUGCGGACUUUGGCCUCCGGAUUUUUUUUUGUUGUGUGUGUUUUUCUUCCCAGAGCCACUUGGCGCACUCCCGUCCGAUUCGGAGCUCGUUUGUGGCCGCCCUCGUCCUCGAAGAAACUCCAGCGAUCCCCGACGCGCGGGUGCAUUCCGGAGCGGGCCUCGCCUGCGGCGCAUCUCGCCUUUGGGGCGGGAGCCGGCCGAAGCAGUAUGGCGGCGGGUCUGCCGUUGGGAGGCGGCGGGAGGUGGCAACCGUAAAAAUGAG